UCGGUGAGGGCGCACGGCGGGCGCUGCGCACCGCCUGCGCCCGCCCAUGGCCUCCCUCUUAAUAACUAGGUUGUUGGUGCGGUCGUUGGUGGUGUUUGCGGCAUGGAGCACGCACGCAGCCGCAGUAGCCCGCGCCCAGCUGCUGACGUCAGCGCUGGUGCCAGCUUGCCCCGCGCAGUGCAUCUGUCUCUCACAAUCUCAGGUAGUAUGCAACAGUGCGACGCUGCGCGGAGUGCCCGCAGCGCUGAGCUCGAGCGUGAUGCAGCUGUCUCUGUCACGCGCCGACCUACGCGUGCUGCGCUCGGACGCGUUCGCGCAUCUGCGCCAGCUGCGCCGCCUGUCGCUCGACGCCUGCAACCUUACCAGAAUCAAGCCCUUCGCCUUCCGUGGCCUGCCGCGACUCAACGAGCUCUUCAUACAGCAUACCCCGCUUACGACGGUCGAUGCGUUUGCCUUCGCCGCGCUGCAGAACAUCAGCUCGAUAGUACUAAGCCACAACAAAAUAGCACAAAUCGAGGGGUAUGCUUUCGCCGGAACCAAUUUUAUAAAACUAAUAUCCCUUCGAAAUAAUCCUAUCAAACGGAUCCUCGCCCAUGCUUUCUCGGGAUUGAACGAUGUUAAUCAAAUAGAAUUACCCUCUGGCAUAAGAUCUAUCGAGCCUCAAGCUUUCGCCGGCCUCGAAGGUGUUGGCGUACUGGAGCUGGCGUACAUGGAUCUACCGGCGCUCGUUCAAGAUACUUUCUUCGGCAUGACGCGCAUCGGGCGCCUCGCUUUGAGGGAAUCCGACCUGGGAGUUAUACGCGCCGGUGCUUUCGACGGUCUCCGCAUCGUUGAUACUCUCGAAAUGUGCAACAAUAAAAUCGACGGAAUAGAGGAGCUGUCGUUGAUACAGAACAAUAGUGUCCAUACGUUUAAGCUGACCGGUAACCAUAUGCUAGAGUCGCCGGAAGCUGUCGUGUUGGAAGUAGAUAUUGUUGUAAUACGCGGUAACCAUUUGCCUUGCGAGUGCGGCCAGGAUCCUAUGGCCAAUCCUUUGGCUCUGUCGCAAGAGUUUGCCGACGAGAAUUUUUGUAUAUCGCCUUUAAAAGUCCGCGGGAGGAGUCUGUCGAGUGCGGCUGGUGCGGCGUGCCGGGGCGAGGGCGGCGGCAGCGCGCGCGCGCGUGCUGCUGCGGGCGCGGGCCACGCGCCGCGCUCUGUGCACCCACUGCUGCCGCGCCUCGCCCUCACCGUCGCCGCUAUCGCUUUCUUAUCCAACAGCUAA